AUGUCUUACCUACCGUACAGUAAAACCUUGUACCAAUCAAGUAGCCACCUACAUCUACUUGAGUUCCCAUCGAAAUAUCUACGAUCCAACAGAGGGACAAUAUACCCUCUGGCAAUUGAUGAUAUCACCACAGCGCCCUACCUCCGCGAUCCAUUUGGUACAGCUACGAUACACGACUACGUUCAUGCUUGCCGCACGUGCUCGGGCUUAGGUAGCGGUCAGUACAACAGUUUGUGCACUUUUGCUGGUGUAGGCUUCUUUGUUGAUGGCUGUGAAUGGGCUGUGGGGAUAGGCAUGGGUGGGGUUGUUUUUGUGUCGAGUGACUCGAGUCUGAGGGUAUUGAUUUUGAUUUUGGCCUCUGAGAUGAAGCUAUCCAUGUCCUCGAGACUUGAGAGCGGUCGGUCUGAAGUUGUGUCCAUGCGCUGGGCUUUCGGAAAGCGUUCCGGUACGGUAGAUCCCAAGUCUCCCCUCGACGAAGUAACAGUCAGCAAUUUGUUUCCCACCUGCAUCAGCAAACCAACUUGGACUCUUGCGAUUAGCCAUACGACGAGCGUGAUACAGGCAACAAUGCAGGAAACGGAUUAUCUGAUAGUGGGUGCAGGGCCUGCAGGCGGUGCACUAGCCUGUUUCCUGGGCUACCAUGGACUUGCGGGUGUCAUGAUUGCAGCUGCGCCCGGGACCUCGCAGACGCCGCAAUGUCUGCGGGAUAUCGGGCUGGAAGGGGAGGUGACGAAGGUUGGGUCGAAGCAUGGUUGCAUGGAGCAUACGAGAUGGUGCCGUUCCAUGGCUGGUGAGGAGUAUGCGCGGAUUCAUUCCUGGGGCCAUGACCCGAAGCGCAAGGGCGAUUACGACGCGGCCAGUCCUUGCGACCAUUUGGAUGUCCCCCAGACCAUUCUCGAACCCAUAUUGGUCAAGUACGCCCAUGAUCACGGGUUUCCCUGCCAGUUCAACACGGCCCUGGUAUCCUUUGUUCAAGAGGGCCAGAGGUAUGUUUGCGAGGUCAAGGAUUCGAUUUCGAGCGAGACUCGCAAGAUUCGCACAAAGUACCUUUUUGGCUGUGAUGGGGGACGCAGUGUCAUCAUCCGCCAGCUCGGUAUUCCUUUGAUCAAGAAGCCGCAGCAGGGAAUUGCCAUCAAUGUGCUGGUGGAAGCAGAUCUGAGCCAUUUGAUGGAGACUCGGACGGGGAACUUGCACUGGGUCAUGGACCCCGAGACGGACUAUCCGGCCUUUGGUAAAAUGGCUCUUGUACGAAUGGUCAAGCCUUGGACUGAAUGGAUGUUCAUCCUCUUCCCCGAACCCGACCAAGACCUAUCCCGGGAACCCACGCAAGAAGAAUAUCUUGCCCGCGUCCAGGAGCUCAUUGGCGACUCAAACAUCCCCGCCAAAAUCAAGGACAUUUCGAAAUGGUACAUCAACGAGACAGUCGCAGAAUACUACUCCAAGGACAACAUCUUCUGCCUCGGCGACGCCGUCCACCGACACCCGCCCUUCAACGGUCUCGGCUCAAACACCUGCAUCCAAGACGCCUUCAACCUGUCGUGGAAAAUCGCCGCCGUCGUCAAAGGCCUCGCCUCCCCGUCCCUCCUCUCUUCCUUCUCCCCAGAGCGCCAACCCGUCGGUGCCACCAUCGUCGCCCGCGCAAACCAGGGUUUCCGCGACCACACCGCCAUCUGGGACGCCCUGGGCCUGCUCUGCGCCACAAAACCCGACCGCAUCGCCGCCUUUGCCGAACUGCGCACCCCAACACCCGGUGGCGCAAAGCGACGGGCCGCACUUCGCGAGGCGAUUCAAGGCACAGAAAGGGAGUUCCACGGCGUGGGCGUGGAAAUGAAUCAGCGUUAUGUUUCCGACGCCGUGUACUUGGAUGACGAAGGCCCGCGGCCCCCACUCCCCAGUGAUCCAGUGCUGCAUCAUGAAAUUACCACGUACCCUGGUAGUCGGGUCCCACAUGCCUGGCUCAACACCCGCGUUCCAGGCAAACAGUUUUCGACGAUUGAUCUGGCGGGCAAGCGGCGCUUUGCCCUCUUCACCGGCGUCGGCGGCGACCGGUGGAGGGAUGCGGCGAGGCGGGUAGGCGAGCAGCUGGGGAUCGAGGUGGGUGUAUAUAGUAUCGGCUGGUUCCAGGACUAUGAGGAUGUUUAUUUUGAUUGGGCGAGGCGGAGGGAGGUGGAUGACGAUGGGUGUGUGCUUGUGCGGCCGGAUCUGUUCGUGGCGUGGAGGAGUAAGGGCAUGAUUGCUGAUGCCGAGGAUAAGUUGGUGGCGGUUGUGAGGAGGAUCAUGGGGAGGCAGUGA